AUGCCAACCCAAACCGCCAAACUCCUUGGCAUCACACGCUUGCAACCUGCUCAAAUUAGUAUUGGACUUGCUAACCAUACUAUAGCCAAGCCAAGAGGAGUUGUUAUUGAUGUUCUUCUAGAGAUUGGAGAUAUCAAGAUCCCGGUGGACUUUCAUGUCAUAAACAUUCAAGGAGGAUGUGACACACCAUUGAUACUAGGCCGACCCUUUUUGGCCACUGCUGGAGCUGUCAUGGACCUUCCAAACCGGCGAAUGUCCUUAGCCAAUGUUGACAAGACAGUCUUUUACAAGACCAUACCAUUCAUCUCACCAAACAAGCUGUCUUACCUCAUCACUGCCCAAGGCCGCCCAAGAGAGCCACCAGACCACACUCAAGGUCACAAUGAGACAAGAACUAAAAGACUAUGUCUCAGGCCGUGCCCUUACCCCAUCUCCAACUAA